CCAUUAUUUGUGAGCGCCAGUGGAAAGUCGGAACGGUAUCCAUCAAACACAGGAAGUGUAGUAAAGGUCGCCGUGCAGAAGCAUCGUUGCACGCUUGGGGAUUUUAUGUGGCUGAAUGAAGGUUUAAACACGAGAAUGAAUGAAGUCACCAGUGGCAGCUGUGAGAGAUUAAGUCAGAGGGAAAAAAACAACGCAACUGUCGUAAUUUAGCCAGUCGGGUCUUCAGAUGAGCUCCUUUUGCGGGGGUAUCUAGAGUCUCACUGCAGCCGUCACCAUGCCCCUGACGGAUUUUCUGGACGGCUUGAAGGACAACCCGUACUUCGGAGCCGGCUUCGGACUGGUCGGGGUCGGGACAGCUCUGGCGCUUGCCAGGAAAGGGGCUCAGGUGGGGAUGAUCUUCUUCCGCAGGCACUACAUGAUCACUCUGGAGGUGCCCAGCAGGGACAAGAGCUACAACUGGCUGCUGAGCUGGAUCACCAAGCACGCCAAACACACGCAGCACCUGAGCGUGGAGACCUCCUACCUGGCGCACGAGAGCGGACGGGUUCACACGCAGUUUGACUUUCACCCGAGCCCUGGCAACCACAUCAUCUGGUAUGGGAGGAAGUGGAUCAGGGUGGAGAGAACCAGGGAGAAGCAGAUGGUGGAUCUGCACACCGGAACCCCCUGGGAGUCUGUCACUUUCACAGCUUUAGGCAGAGACAGACAGAUCUUCUUUAAUAUCUUACAAGAAGCAAGAGAACUGGCGCUGAAGCAGGAGGAAGGCAGGACAGUGAUGUACACGGCCAUGGGUGCAGAGUGGCGGCCCUUCGGCUUUCCUCGGCGGCGCAGACCCCUCAGCUCUGUGGUGCUGGACGUGGGUGUUGCAGAAAGGAUUGUAGAUGACGUGAAGGACUUCAUUGGAAAUCCCAAAUGGUACACAGAUAGAGGUAUUCCCUACAGAAGAGGCUACCUGCUGUACGGCCCCCCCGGAUGUGGAAAGAGCAGUUUUAUCACGGCGCUGGCUGGUGAGCUGGGCUACAGCAUCUGUCUGAUGAGUCUGAGUGACCGAACACUUUCAGACGACCGCCUGAAUCACCUCCUGAGUGUGGCUCCGCAGCAGAGCAUCAUUCUCCUGGAGGAUGUCGAUGCAGCCUUUGUCAGCAGAGACCUGCUUCCCACUGAGAACCCUCUGGCCUAUCAGGGAAUGGGACGACUGACCUUCAGCGGACUGCUGAACUCUCUUGACGGAGUGGCUUCAUCGGAGGCCCGAAUAGUUUUUAUGACUACCAACUUCAUAGACAGGUUAGACGCAGCGCUCAUCCGACCUGGCCGUGUUGAUCUGAAGCAGUACAUCGGGCAUUGCACCCACUGGCAGCUCACCCAGAUGUUCCGACGAUUUUAUCCCGACGAACCGGCCUCUGAGGCAGAACACUUUGCCAAGCACGCUUUAGCCACACACUCUGAAAUCAGUGCUGCUCAGGUGCAAGGACACUUUCUGCUGCACAAAAUGGACCCUGCAGGAUCGAUAGACAAUGUUGCUCAAAUAAAAGGAUGACAGGAUUGGAAGGGAUUUGGAUGCUGAAGCCCAAAUAAAGAGAAAUGGAAAAAUA